AUGAUACCCUCAAAACCUCUGCCCUAUGCCGAAUGCUGGGGCAGCACGGAGGAAUAUGUGUCAAGCUUAUUAGAAUUCGCGACAACUUCUGAUCUGCUUCAGACACUAUGCGGUGGCGUGCAUAUUCUGGACUUCUUCACCAAUGAGCCCGGGCUUUUUCAGCAGAUAAUUCCAGAGGACUGGCAGGAUUACCUCAUGAGGACAGACCCGAUGCGCCUGCUGGAUAUACUCAUGAGGGAUGACCUGAGCGCAUUUCCCGAGGGCGAGAUGCCCCCAGAGAGCUUUCUGCAGUAUAUCAAGGAUAUCCGCAGAUUCUCCCUGGGGCGCAAAUUUGCCGCCGCGGACGAAAAGCCGCCCAAGUUGACGAGGUUCGUGUCGGUGGGCAUGAAGCCCAAGAAAAUCCACGAAGUGAGCAAUUUCGCCAAUUAUGUGGACAAAUUUGCCGGGGAUGUGGAAUCCAUCACGGGCGAGGAGAUCACGCACUUUGUCGAUUUUGGUAGUGGCCAAAACUACUUGGGAAGAGCUCUAGCGAGCGCCCCAUAUAACAAGCAUAUCGUGGCUGUGGAGGGUCGCGAGCACAAUAUUGCCGGUGCCAAGGAGCUUGACAUGAUCGCGGGCAUUGCAGACAAGGAGAAGGUCAUGCGUAAUAAGAAAUUAUGGCACCAGAUGAUGAAGAACAAGAAAGAGGGCACGGACACGGAUUUCACAGACGAAGAGAUGCUCAAGAAAUUAUCUCUGGCUGCAAAAUUGCCGGAGCAAGUCGUCGACUUCAGACCAAGACGCGAGCUUGAGGCCCUUUACACACCCGAGGACGGAAAAGGCUUCAUUCGCUAUGUCUCGGGCAGACUGGAGUCCGGAGACCUGUCUGAUGUGGUUGAGCAGUUGGAGGAGACUCCUGAAGCAUCUCAGGACCUUCGCAUGAUGGCCAUUUCGAUUCACUCGUGUGGAAACUUAUCCCACCACGGCAUCCGCUCUCUUGUGUUGAAUCCCAAGGUGCGCGCCGUGGCCAUUGUUGGAUGCUGCUACAAUCUGAUGACGGAGAAGCUGGGCCCGCCAUCUUACAAACUUCCCUACAUGCGCCCCAGUCUUCAAGCUUUGAACGGGCGCGUGGUUCGAGAAUCUGCCAAAUACGACCCUCAAGGAUUUCCGAUGAGCGAGAGGUUGAGUACCUACAAGGAGCAUGGUGUUCGCCUCAACAUUACAGCCCGUAUGAUGGCGUGCCAGGCACCACAGAACUGGGGCGAGCAGGAAAGUGAUGGAUUCUUCACCCGCCACUUUUUCCGGGCUGUUCUCCAGAAAAUCUUCCUCGACCGAGGCGUAAUCAAAAAGAUCUAUCACGACAAAGAGUCAAGCGAGACUCCAUCUUCGAGUCCCUUCAACAUGAGCACCAACCCGGUGAUUAUCGGGUCUUUAACAAAGAAAUGUUACACCUCGCUACACGCCUACGUAAGAGGCGCUCUCGCAAAGCUAACGACACACUCGGAUUAUCACGAACACUGCGACAUCAUUGAGGAGAAAUUGGGCGACAUCACCGACGAGGAGAUUGCGCGGUAUGAAGCUCAGUAUCUGCCUCGCAAGAGGGAAUUGAGUGCUAUCUGGAGUUUGAUGGCUUUCAGCGCCGGCGUCGUGGAAUCUCUCAUCGUGACCGACCGCUGGCUAUUCCUCAAGCAACACUCGGACCUCGUGCAGGACUGCUGGGUCGAAGUCGUCUUUGACUUUCGAGAAAGCCCUCGCAAUCUAGUAGUCGUUGGAGUCAAGAAGCGCGAUCAGUGA